AUCGCCCUGCCACACUCCCCCCGGCCCGCCCGCCUGUGUGCAGUUCGCCGGCUUCGGGGCCGUCUAGCCCUGACACUGUGAAUCGAGAUGUUUGUGCAGCCAAGAACCCCCGGGUAACUGCCGUGAGGGGGUCUCCGUGGCUAGAGCUGGUGCUCAUGGUUUACUCCUGGCUUUGCACUCCGGAUUCACUCUGAAAGACUCGAGAGACUAUAGGGAGUACCUGGGAUCGAACUUGGAUCAGCCAUGUACAAGACCCUAAUGGAUAUCCGGAAAUGACAGAGAUGGAAGAGGCGGAGGCCCAGCUGUCGGAGCUGGACCUGCUGGCCAGCAUGUUCCCAGGCGAGAACGAGCUCAUUGUGAAUGACCAGCUGGCGCUGGCAGAACUGAAGGAGUGCGUUGAAAAGAGGACGACGGAGGGGCGAUCCUCAAAAAUUUACUUUACUCUCAAUAUGAACCUGGACAUAUCCAAGGAAGCAACGGUGGUGUUUUCGCUGGCCUGUGUUCUCCCCUUCAAAUACCCUACAGUACUGCCUGAAAUCACCGUCAGAUCAGCCAUCCUGAGCAGAUCCCAGCAGACUCAGCUGAACUCAGACCUGACUGCCUACCUGCAAGCAAACUGCCUUGGGGACGUGUGUAUACUGAAUGCCACGGAGUGGGUUCGAGAGCAUGGAUCUGGCUACGUCAGCAUAGACGCUACACCCGGUCCUGCCCCUGGAAGCACGGUGCAGCCAGGAGACCUCAUUCUCACGAGACUGUGGAUCUAUAGCCAUCACAUCUACAACAAAUACAAAAGAAAGAAUAUUCUGGAGUGGGCAAAAGAGCUGUCCCUCUCUGGGUUUAGCAUGCCCGGGAAGCCUGGUGUCGUCUGUGUAGAGGGCCCACAAAGUGCCUGUGAAGAAUUCUGGUCAAGGCUCAGAAAAUUAAACUGGAAGAGAAUUUUAGUUCGUCAUCGAGAAGAUAUUCCUUUGGAUGGUGCAAAUGUGGAAAUGGAAAGAGAAAGGAAAUUUACAAUGUUUGAAGAAAAAGUGUUCAGUGUUAAUGGAGCCAGAGGGAACCACAUGGAUUUUGGUCAGCUGUACCAAUUUUUAAAUGCCAACAGGUGUGGAGAGGUUUUCCAAAUGCUCUUUGGCGUGGAAGGACAAUGACCAAAGCAGAAGAGCCUUUGAACGUUUUGAACCUUUUGACUCCAAGCUCCCACCCCCCACCCCCCAGCACCUUUCUUCAAAGGUUAAGUGAUGCUUACUUUUGUCCCAUUCAGAAAUGUGAGGGAAAGUGGGAGGAGAGAUGAAGUGGUACAGCCAGAAUGUAUGUGCUGCAUUUGAAAAGGCUCAUUUCAGGAUGCCGGGACUAAAAGGAGAACAGAGUUGUAGAUCAUAACCUUACAGAUUGUGGGUGGAAAUGGUUUUCAUGUUUGCAAUUAAAAUAAUAGCUGCUGUAACUUGUCGCAUCUGGCCUCCCUUUCUGCCACAAACACGGUGUGAGGGCCUGUCAUCCUGACCACGUUGGGUCCAUGAAACCAGCAAGAGAGCCGGCCAUGGCAGUCCGUCCAGCCCCAUCCAUUGCGCACGGGACAGGGGAGGAAGACGGCCCCUAGCGGGAGGAGGAGUACGAGGAGCCAUAUGGAAAGACAAGAGACAGAAACAAGAGAGACAGGACAACCAACGGCUCUGGGAGCUUCUGCAGGGAGGAGAGUCGGUUUAGUGCAAGCAGGCUUAGGAUAGGGCUGGAGCGAUAGCACAGCGGUUGGGCGUUUGCCUUUCACGCGGCUGACCCGUGUUCGAUUCCUCUGCCCCUCUCGGAGAGCCCGGCAAGCUAUUGAGAGUAUCGAGCCCGAGCGGUAGAGCCUGGCAAGCUACGCGUGCAUAUUGGAUAUGCCAAAAACAGUAACAGUAAGUCUCUCAAUGAGAGACGUUACUGGUGCCCACUCGAACAAAUCGAUGAGCAAUGGGAUGACAGUGACCUUAAAAGAAAA